AUGGGGAUGCUUUACCUGGAUAGGCUGCUGGUGGGCAAACGCACUCGCAUCGUCCAUGUGGUGCGGCCAGACGAGGCCGGUGCCGCGGGUGGCGGCAGCACAGGUGCAGGCGCUGACCAGUCAGGUGCAAGCACCACUGCGGCGACGACGCAGCAGCAAGAGCAGCGGCAGCAGCAACAAGAGCAGCAGCAGCAGCAGCAGCAGCAGCAGCAGCAGCAGCAGCAGCAGCAGCAGCAGCAGCAGCAGCAUCAGCAGCAGCAGCAGCAGCAGCAGCAGCAGGCACAUGUGGCGCCGCCCCCACUCCAGGUGCCGCCCCCGCAGCAGCGCCAGCGGUGGCCACACCACCAGCAGCAGCCGCGCCCGCCGCAGCCGCCGCGGGCGGCGCGUGCCACCAAACUGGACGUCAGAACGCCGGCGCCGCACCCGUUCCGCCUGGCGGCGCGUCACGUGAAGACCAACUACAAGUGCCCCACGCCCGACGGCUGGCGGCUGCAUCUUGUGCGGACGCAGCGGCUGCAGGACGCGCGCAACCCCACGGGGCGCACCCGCAACCACCCGGUGAUCCUUUGCCCAGGGCUGGCCAGCAGCGGCGCGUAUUGCUUUGACCUGAGCCCCGCGGUGUCGCUGGCGGACUACCUGGCGGAGAAGGGCUGGGACGUGUGGACGGUCGAGCUCAGGGGCAACGGUCAGAGCGACAAGCCGUCGGUGAUGGCGGGGCGCAGCAGGUGGUGGACCAUCGACACCCACGUGGAGAAGGACGUGCCGGCACUGCUGCGCUUCGUGCUGCACGAGACGCACUGCCCGCAGGCCCACUUCCUGGGCCACAGCAUGGGCGGCAUGAUCCUCUGCGGCGUGAUGGCGCGCGUGGACAACACCACGAGCAAGAUCCGCUCCUGCAUCGCCAUCGGCAGCGGCCUCUUCCUGGAGGAGUCCUGGUGGCGCCUGUUUGAGCCGCUGAUGCCGCUGUCCAAGGUCAUGUGGACGGUCCCGAGCGGCAGCCUGCUGCGCAAGUACGCCAAGAUCAUGCUCGGGCCCUACCGCAUACCCUACAUAGACAUGCUGUACUUCUACCCGUCCAAUGUGGACCACCGCAUCGCGCGGCUCCUCAUGACACGCAACUUCUCAGACAUCAGCGUCGGUGUCGUGCGCCAGAUCGCGACCGCGUUUGGCAUGCAGGGCCUCACCUCGUCCGACGGCCGCGUGGUGUACCCUGAUGCCGCGCGGCUGGCCAAGGUGACGGCGCCGGUGAUGUUCCUGGUGGGGGACAUGGACAGGAUGUGCCCGCCGGCCGGAGUGCGCAAGACCUGGGAGAUGUUUGGGAGCCGGGACAAGCGGUUUGUGUGCAUGGGCCCCGCAUCGGGGUUUGACAGCCACUACGGCCACUUCGACCCCCUCAUCGGCAAGAAAGCCGCCAGCGAGGUGUUCCCCCUCAUAGCCGAGUUCCUGGAGCACCACGACGCGCGCGCGCCCCAGAGCAAGAUGUGA